AUGACUCCGUUUCUCACCGGCAAUGCCAAUCUCAAUGGCACCCAUGUUCACGGCACCGCUCUCCAUGACCAUGACACCCACAAGGAUAAUGGCUCCAACGGCCACGCCACCAAAGCCGAGCCUGUCUUCGAGCCCGUUGCCAUCUGCGGCAUGGCCUGCCGGCUCCCUGGAGGGGUCAGCUCCCCCGCAGCGCUGUGGGACCUGUUGAUUGCCGGAGGCGACGGACGCUGCCGCGUGCCGCAGAGCCGCUACAACAUCGCGGGCCACUACUCGGCGGCCAAGCGGCCGGGCACCGUGGACGUCGAAUACGGCUACUUCCUCGACGAGUCGGUCGACCUGGCGGGCCUCGAUACGUCCUUCACGGCGUUGGGCCGCGCCGAGCUCGAGCGUCUGGACCCGCAGCAGCGGCUGCUGCUCGAGGUGGUGCGCGAGGCGCUGCACGAUGCGGGCACAACGGGCUGGGCCGGCACCAACACAGGCGUCUACAUCGGGUCGUUUGGCGAGGACUGGCACGACAUUCUGCGACGCGACGAGCUCCUCAUGUCCAGCAUCUACAGCCUCAGUGGCAGCCAGGACUACAUGGCCUCGGCGCGCGUGGGCCACGAGCUGGACUUGCAAGGGCCCAACAUGACCAUCCGCACCGCGUGCUCGUCCUCGAUGAUUGCCCUCAACCAAGCCUGCGCCGCCAUUGCCCGGGGCGACUGCGAGGGCGCCGUCGUGGGCGGCAGCAACCUGAUUCUGGCGCCCACGCUGUUCGGUGCCAUGGCGGGCCAGGGCGUGCUCAGCCCGGACGGCUCCUCGCGCAGCCUCUCGGCCGAUGCGAACGGCUAUGCGCGCGGCGAGGGCGUCGUGGCCGUCUAUGUCAAGUCCCUGUCUGCAGCGCUCCGCGAUGGCAACCCCGUCCGCUCUGUCAUCGUGGGCUGUGCCGCAAACUCGGACGGGCGCACGCUGCCCGCCUCCAUGCCCAGCGCCGCGGCACAGGCGACUCUCAUCCGGCGCACCUACGCGCUGGCAGGCCUCCCCGACGUGGGCAAGACGGGGCUCUUCGAGUGCCAUGCGACGGGCACUGCGACAGGCGACCCUAUCGAGUGCGCCGCCAUUGCCGAAGUAUUUGGCCAUGUCGGCGUCCACGUCGGCACCCUGAAGCCGAACCUGGGCCAUGGGGAGGCGGCAUCUGGGUUGACGGCGAUACUCAAAGCCACGCUGGCCCUGGAACAUGGUGUCAUCCCGCCGAACAUCAAGUACGCUCCCCUCAACCCACGCAUCCCCUUUGAACGCGCACAGUUGCAUAUCCCCACUGAGCCAACGCCAUGGCCACAGGGCCGCGACGAGCGUGUCAGCGUCAACUCGUUCGGCAUCGGCGGCAGCAACGCCCAUGCCAUCCUCGAGUCCCCCGCACGCUUCCUGUCUCCCUCGCCCAAAGCGCCACCCCAGGACGAGCCUCAGCUGUUGCUGUUCUCCGCCAAUACAGCUGGGGCGCUCAAGAAUGUGUGCCGCGACUACCAGGCCCUGCUCGAGACACCGACGCAUUCUGUUGCAGACAUCGCCUACACGCUUGCCAACGGCCGCGAGCAUCUUCCCUUUCGCUCCUUUGCAGUUGCCAGCACCACCAAGUUUGAGCAGGGUGUUUCCAUGUCCACGUCCUCGAAGAAGGGCGCCGCCUUGAAGUCCAACGUCGUCCUGGUCUUCACCGGCCAGGGCGCCGCAUGGCCGCAGAUGGGGCGGGACUUGGUUCGCGCCAACCCCACCUUCGCCAGCACCAUCGACUCGUUGGACGUCAGUCUGAAGCGGCUGGGCGCCGAAUGGUCGCUGAAAGACGAACUGCUCAAGCCUGCACGUCACAGCCGCGUGAACGAGGCCGAGUUCUCGCAGCCGCUCUGCACAGCGCUCCAGCUGGCCCUCAUCGAUGCGCUGGCUGCUGUGGGCGUCAAACCUCGGGCGGUGGUUGGCCAUUCAAGUGGCGAAAUUGGAGCUGCGUAUGCCGCAGGGGCUCUCAGUGCUGAAGAAGCCAUUGCGGUGGCCUUCCACCGUGGAACCGCCACCAAGGGAAAGACAGAACGCGGCGCAAUGGCUGCCGUGGGACUUGGCUGGGAAGAAACCCAGCAGUAUCUCGUUCCCGGCGUCAUCACGGCCUGCGACAACUCACCAAGUAGUGUGACGCUUUCGGGCGAUGUCGACAAGCUAACCGACGUUGUAGCCAGCAUCAAACAAGCUCAACCGGACGUGCUAGCUACCGUGCUCAAGGUAGAGAAGGCCUACCACUCACAUCACAUGCUGGCCAUCGGAGAGAUGUAUCAUCAAGCACUAGUCGACGCCAAAGUUGUGAGCAGGCCCCCGACUAUCCCAUUCUUCUCCAGUGUGACAGGUGAACUGCUUGGAGACAACAAAAGCAACCAGUUGGGUCCCAAGUACUGGCAAUACAAUCUUGAGCGUCCAGUUCUCUUCAAAGCUGCUGUGCAAGCCAUCCUGAAGUCCUCAGCCGUGAAGGACCCGGUCUUUGUCGAGCUCGGCCCGCAUUCAGCCCUCGCCGGCCCAGUGCGACAGAUCCUGACGGCUGCUUCGAGCAAUGCUGCGUACGUAGCAUCUCUGGUACGCCGACAGAAUAGCGCAGAGAACUUCCUGCAGGUCAUCGGGAAGCUCUACACGCUACAUAUUUCCCUGAACUUCAGAGCUCUUCUCACCACCCCUGCUUCACUCGUUGCUGGCUUGCCACGUUAUCCGUGGGAUCACUCUCAAGAUUUCUUGUACAAAUCUCGUGUUUCAAAGGAAUGGUUAGACAGGAAACACGUCCACCACCCGUUGUUAGGCUCAAAGGUACCCGCGAGCACGGACUUAGAGCCUAUGUGGCGGAAUCUCCUCUCUCCCAAAACAACGCCCUGGAUUGCCCAUCAUAAGCUCUCUGGAUCUAUUGUCUUCCCACUUGCUGGAUUUGUCUCUAUUGCUGCCGAGGCUGGGCGCCAAAUGAGUGGCGUCGACGACGGAGUGAGUGUUCGAAAUCUCAUAGUGCACAACGCUUUGGUGAUCGAUGCCGAGUUCCCUACAGAAGUCAUCACCUGUUUGCGUAGUGAACGCUUGACCGACACUCUGACCAGCGCAUGGUGGGAAUUUACCAUAUCUUCGUACAAUGGGCAUAUAUGGACGAAGCACACUACGGGCAAUGUUCGAGGCGAAACAUUCGACAGUCAGUUGGCAUACCGCGAGGUAUUACCGGAGCUACCGAGGAAAGUCGACAGCGACAAGUUGUAUGAAGCAAAACGACGGGACGGCCUUGAUUAUGGCCCCUCCUUCAACACCUUGGAAGAGAUCAGGACAGCAACGACGUCCAUGACAGGUACAGCCAAAAUGCGAAACAAUCAAUGGGGAGAUGAGGGCUUCUACCAUUUGCAUCCUGUCGUCCUCGACACGUACUUUCAAUUAACGAGCUGUUCAGUCUUUAACGGCAUCAGCCGGGACUACCGGCGACUGGUAGCGGCGAAGAUCGAGCGUAUGACAGUUUUCCGCUGCGCCCAGGAUGAGCUCCACAUCUUCACCACAGCCGAGCCUUCCGAAGAAGGCUUUGUCGGGGACGGCUGGGUAAUUGCAGGCCAAAAAAGGGUCUUGAAUAUCUCCAGAUCACAUGGACACUUUUUCGACGAGAGUGUGGCGAGCGACCAGGGCGCAACCUCUAUCGCCGCUCGGAGCGAAUGGAUUCCUCAUAUUGAUUUCCAGACCAACAACGUGCUCAUAAAUGAUCCCCUCAGCCAUGAAGAAUGCAUUCCACUCCUGGAUAACCUCGCGCGACUGGCCAUUUCUCUGGCGAGUAGGGCUGCUGAAAGCGUCAGCGUACAAGUGCCACACUUAGCUGAGUACAAAGAGUGGCUCCUUCAGCAUACGCCGUCGAAUCUUGGAGGGUCGGACACAGCUACACUGGCACGGGAAAUUGAAGCUCUGGUUCGGAACCUUCAGGCUACCCCCGCCGCAUGCGUGGCAUCAACUAUUGCCGCCACCUCUAACUCCAUUGAAUCUGUGUUGAAAGGAGAGGUCGUACCCGACAAUGACAGUUUGAUGGAGUUCCUACAAGAACAUUACGACAGUAAUUACCUUCGCUGCAUCGCCCACACCAAGCCGAACGUCAGAGUCCUCAAUAUAGGUGCGGGGCUUAGAGAUGUGACGUCAAGGCUUGUCAGUUGCUUUACGCGUUCCGAUGGACAACCUCUGUACUCGCGGCUUGUUUUUGCGUCCUCUAGCAAGUCUAACGCGAUCAGAGAAGAGCUGAAAUCCGUCCCCAACACGGAAUUCUCUGUCUUGGAUGUGAAUGGAAACCUCGCGGAGCAGGGCUUUAGCGAUCAACAAUUUGACCUCAUCAUUGUCAAAAAUGUGAUCAGCGACUGCGACGAUAUUCAAGCAAGCUUGAAGAACGUUCGUCAAUUGCUGCGACCCAACGGUAGGUUGCUUUUACAGGAACCUCGACCGGGACUGUUGUGGGCCAAAUUCGUCUUGGGCACAAUGCUAGGCUGGUGGUCUCACGCAGGGAAUCUGAACCGUAUCGCCGACCCUUUCAUCAGCGCAGAAGAAUGGCAGAAGGAACUCACAGCCGCCGGCUUUUCUGACGUCGACCAUGUGGAGCCAAGCUCGGAACACUGGACGAAUAAUGUUUUAGUUGCACGUCCACAGGCCCCCAAGGCGCCAAUCAAGAGAAUGACGCUCCUAGUGAUCGAUGGCAAUGUAUCUUCGUCGAAUCUCCUUACGAGCGAGCUCAAGGCUCGGGGCUGUGGGAUUGACCAACGUUCGCUGGGUCAAACACUGCCACAGGGCCAGGACAUUAUUGCACUUCUCGAGGAGGAGGAACCGUUCUUCGAGGAAAUCGACGCAAUUAGGCUUACCCAGUUCCAACUAAUGCUUCGCGGGCUUGGGAAUGACGGCCUGUUGUGGGUGACGCGACACUCCAGUGUUGGCUGCACCGACCCGAGGUUCGCCCAAGUUGUUGGUUUAGCGAGAACGCUCCGUUCCGAAAUGGCCAUUGACUUUGCAGUUUUGGAGAUAGACAAGGUGGCAUCUCCGACAGGUGCAAGUGCGGUAGCUGACGUGCUAAGCAAGUUUCAAGCGAGAGGAGACGAUGGUGUUCUAGGACCUGAUCUUGAAUACGCAAUCUACAAGGGCCAGACGCUCGUCAACCGUAUCUUCCCCUUCCCUGUUAAAGCGGAACUGUCUGUGCCGCAGGAAUCGAACGAGGCUGUUGUGACCCAGCAGCAUCUUGGCCUUCUCAACUCGCUGACCUGGUCAGUCACAUCUCCUGCUCCUCCAGAGGAUGGGGAGGUUGAGGUCGAGAUCUAUGCCACUGGGCUAAACUUCAGAGACGUCUUGGUGGGCAUGCAAAUUAUCCCCGGGCGCCACCCCGUGUUUGGUUACGAGGCUUCCGGAGUCGUCCGCCGGGUAGGACCGAAUGCAACUAGAUUCGCCGUCGGCGAUCGUGUCGUGACUCUAGCUGGCAAGUUGCUCUCCACGGCGAGGGUAAUCCCAGAAAUUUACCUCGAGAAGCUGCCAGAUCAUAUCAGUUUUGUCGAGGGUGCCUGCAUUCCCCUCGUCUUUGUCACUGCCAUUUACGGUCUUCGCGAUAUUGGAAGACUCUCCAAGGGCCAGUCAGUCUUGAUUCACAGCGGUGCGGGUGGGGUUGGGCUUGCUGCCAUGCAGGUAGCCCGCAUGCUUGGCAUUGAGAUAUUCACCACCGCAGGCAGCGAGAGGAAGGCACGGUACUUGAUGGACACGUUUGGGAUUCCAAGAAACCGCAUAUUCAACUCAAGAGACUCUUCCUUUGUCGAGGACGUACUCCGCGAGACUGGUGGAAGGGGCGUUGACGUGGUGCUCAACUCGCUUGCUGGAGAGCUGCUCCACGCAUCUUGGAAGUGCGUUGCAAAAUGGGGUACCAUGGUGGAGAUCGGGAAGCGCGACCUUUUGGGGAAUGGACGACUUGACAUGGGCCCUUUCCUGGCGAACCGAAAUUAUUGCUGCUUCGACAUUGUUAUGAUGAUACAAGAACGACCUGAGCUUCUCAGCCAGCUGCUCAAGUUCACCAUGGACUGUUUUUCUCAAGCUCGCCUCAAGCCGAUUCGCGUAGAUCAAGUGUUCGCAGCGUCCAGAGUGCUUGACGCAUUCCGGUACAUGCAGCAAGGCAAACACAUUGGCAAAAUCGUACUCGAGAUCCGCGACUCCGCAGGAAAGCGCUUGCUCGAGGAUAUUGAUACUACCGAGAAGAUAGGCGCUGGGCUCGAUGGAACGGGGUCGUAUCUCCUCGUUGGUGGUCUCGGUGGGCUAGGUCGCUCCAUGUCGGUGUGGAUGGCACAGCAGGGAGCGCGAAACUUCACCUUCUUAUCUCGGAGUGCAGGCAGUGGCACACACGAUUCUGACCUACGCGUCGAGCUUGAGAGCAUGGGAUGCAAUGUCCAGCUUGUGCGCGGAGACGUGACCAAUCCCAAUGACGUUGCCGGUGCUGUUGACGGGACGGUCGCACCACUGCGGGGAAUAGUCCAGAUGUCCAUGAUUCUCCGCGACCAGAUGUUUGACGGGAUGAGCAUCGAGGACUGGAACGCAGUCACGCAGCCCAAGGUCCAAGGUACCUGGAAUCUCCACAAUGCCACGAUAGCGAGCGGGUGCGAGUUGGACUUCUUCCUUUUGUUCAGCUCGUUAUCAGGCAUAGUUGGCCAGGUCGGACAGGCUAACUACGCCAGCGCCAACACAUUCCUGGACGCAUUUGCGCAGUAUCGCGCCAGCCUGAACCUUCCCUGCACGGCCAUCGAUCUUGGAGCUAUGGAGGAUGUAGGCUACCUGUCCGACAACCGAGACCUCCUCAAGAAGAUGCAGGGUACCGGCUGGAGAGUUGUUCGGGAAACCGAACUCCUCGAAGCUCUGCCUCUCGCCUUCAUGUCUCCAGCCACGCGCAGCCGGCGCAAGCAAGACACAAAAACCGGCGACACUUUCUUACUCGGCCUCGCGCCAACGGUCCCUUUGAGCAGCCCAGGAAUUAGCUCUAGGCUGAAGCGAGACGUCCGCCUCGCCGUUUACCACAACAUGGGUAGUGGAAGCACCAAGGUCACCAGCUCUGCACCCGAUUCGUUGAACGCUUUCCUCGCAGCCGUCAAGAAGGAUCCAAGCCGAUUGAAAUCCACCGAGAGCGUAGAGCUGCUUGCACUUGAGGUUGGAAAGAAGCUGUGCAGUCUGGUCCUCACCGAAGAUGCUGAUUUCGACAUGUCCUCGAAUGUGACUGAUCUUGGCUUGGACUCUUUGGUAGUGGUUGAGAUGCGGGGCUGGUGGAAGCUGAUGUUUGGGUUCGACAUUAGCACUCUGGAAAUGUUGGGCUUAGAGACGCUCGGGGCGAUGGGCAAGCGUAUCGUCGAUGAUCUCAUUGCAAAGUACGACGCCUAG